GCUAAUGUUAUUCACCAGAGGACCCCUUACCACACACAGUCCACAAUCGACACGCAACAGGCCAACAUGGCAAGGUGUUUGCAUCUCGGCUCCUUCCUUUUCACUAAGAUGGUCGAUACACCCUAUAUCUCAAUGGGAGUCAAAACUUACCUCAUUAAAACCUGGACCCCACACAGCCAAGGCAAAGCAAUCAGCAUCCACUCGGCCAUACACUCAGACUCUCAAAAUAACAGGUAGGUGAUUUGAAAUUACUUGUAGGACCAUAACAUUAUCUGCUAAGGUUAGUUUAUAGGUCUUUUGAAACCGUAUCUUUUAAAAUCUUCGUACAUUUAAAUUAUGUGUUCAUACUGUUGUUUUUCUGUUCUCACCAAGAGCCAUAUUAUAGUGAGUACCUCUACAAUGGGUGAUAAUAUGAUAACUGCUGAUAAUAGUUUAUUCAGUUGGAUGAAGAUGAAAAUAUUUUAAUAGGCUUUGAUACAAUACAUCCAGAAAGACCACUAAAUGUUUAAACUUUUCAAACAUAUUGAUUAAGAUAAUUGAUAUGUACUCUUUAUCUGGAAAGUCAUGGUUUAUAACAAGCUCUUUUUACAGCUUGUCGGAGGAAAAAGUCACAAUACACUUUAUUAACCAAGAUGGCAUCAAAACCACCACUGCUGUCACUGAAGGACAGACCCUGUUAGAUGUUGUCGUAAACAAAAACUUGGACAUGAGUGGUUUUGGUAUGUAAACAGGAAAAAUAGACAAGUAGAAUAUGAAUAUCUUCAGCAAAUAUGUAUCACUGUAUGUUGCCUUUACAGUAUAAAAGCCAUCUACUAUCCAGGUGUCUUUAAGGCUUUUCACGUGUCCCUUUAUUGUCUCUUCUGUUGUUCUUCAGGUGCAUGUGAGGGGACAUUAGCAUGCUCCACCUGUCAUCUCAUUUUUGACAAGACAUUUUAUGAAAAGAUGGAAACAAUGGUGGAUGAGGAGAUGGAUAUGCUAGAUCUAGCUUACGGGCUUACCAAGACGUGAGUUUAAUUUUGAAAUGAUAAAGUGUCCUUCGCUUGUGGAAAUGUUAGGAUUAACAUACACAAUCACAGCUCAAUCAAAACAGGCACACACAAUAAAUGUUGAUUUACUCCGGUCAAGCCCCCCCCCCCCCCCCCCAAGGGCCUUCAAAACAGAAACAAGUGGUAGGGCCUCACUGCUGAACUGACAUAGACGCAACAAAUUGCAGUAAAUUCGGUAAUCAGUAAAACAAAUCUGGAGUAGUUUAUAUAAAUGAUCUGAAAUCAUCUAUCUGCCUCUAAUCUGCUUCUGAUUGACAGGUCCCGUCUUGGUUGCCAGGUGACAGUGCAGAAGUGGAUGGAUGGUAUGACUGUCCAAGUGCCCCAAGAGGUGAGGGACGCUGUGGGAUCUAAAGGCAGCCAGUGA